UAUAAUAGAGAAGGUACUGACAGUAACACAAACAGAGGAAAUUAGGGUUUCGUUUUGCACUUGCGGCCGUCUUCAGCAGGUUGAAGAAGAGACAUGGCGGUCGGCAAGAACAAGAGGAUCUCGAAGGGCAAGAAGGGUGGCAAGAAGAAGGCUGCCGAUCCUUUUUCCAAAAAGGACUGGUAUGAGAUAAAAGCACCUUCUCUCUUCCAAGUCAAGAACGUGGGCAAGACCCUCGUCACACGUACUCAGGGAACUAAGAUUGCUUCUGAAGGAUUAAAACACCGAGUGUUUGAGGUCUCAUUGGCUGAUCUUCAAGGGGAUGAAGAUCAUUCCUUUAAGAAAAUUCGGUUGAGAGCUGAAGAUGUCCAGGGCAAAAAUGUCCUGACCAAUUUCUGGGGAAUGGACUUCACUACGGACAAGUUGAGAUCAUUGGUGCGGAAGUGGCAAACUUUAAUUGAAGCUCAUGUAGAUGUCAAAACCACAGAUGGUUAUACAUUGCGGAUGUUUUGCAUUGGAUUUACCAAGAGGCGUAGUAACCAGGUUAAGAGGACCUGUUAUGCCCAAUCAAGCCAGAUUAGACAGAUCCGUAGGAAAAUGAGGGAGAUAAUGACCAACCAGGCAACAUCCUGUGAUCUGAAAGAGUUGGUUCGUAAGUUCUUCCCUGAGUCGAUUGGGAAAGAGAUCGAAAAGGCCACAAGUUCAAUUUACCCGUUACAAAAUGUGUUCAUUCGAAAAGUUAAGAUCCUCAAAGCUCCUAAGUUUGAUCUUGGCAAACUAAUGGAGGUCCAUGGUGACAUUGCUGAAGAUAUUGGUACAAAGGUGGACAGACCGGCGGAUGAAACAAUGGCCGAGGCAGCCACUGAAGUUGUUGGAGCUUGAUCCAAUUCAUUAUGCAUCUUUGUUUGUUAUUUUGUAUUACCGUUGUUUUUUAUUUAUCAGUUUUGUUGACAUUGAGAAACAGAAUUUUGCUUGGAAUCUAAAAUUGGAUUUUUGCUUUGUCUAUUUUAAAGUAUUAGCACAAUCCAAGAAGAACGUCGUGAAGACCCGACAUAUUCUUGUCUUGUUGGCCUGUUGCA